GCAUUAAUCCUUGUACCUCGUACCUUGUACCUCCACCCCACCCCUACCAAUGGCGAAGCUUCGGUGGCGCCCUCGCUUCUUCCUCCUCGUGGGCGUCGUACUGCUAGCGACGUGGGCGUUCGUGGAGGAGGCGAAUCGCGUGCCGGAUGUGCUCAAGCAGACCGACCUGUUCGACGCGUGGCUCCUGCAGAUCGGAAUAACAUCAGCCCGCUACGAGAUCAAGAAGCUGGGCCUCGAAGCGGACUCGGAGACGUACCAGCGGUGGCUCGUCUUCAAGCUCAUCGACAGCCUGCGGGAGGGCAACGUCACGGGAGGGAUACGCGACUCGCAGAUCCUUAAAGAGUACAUGCAGUACCAGAAGUGGCUCUCGCAAAGGACCCAGGGAACGGGUCAUCUCCCCGGCACAUCGGCAGAAGAAGUAGGCCACUCCGUUGAUGGAGAGCAAGACGACUGGCAAGACCCGCUCGCGGACGACGGCGAGGACGUGGAGUACGAGGACGACGACAAUGAAGAAGAAUCGAUUGAGCUGCGCCUCCAGAAACGCCGGAACAGCAUGCUUACCUCUUGUGCCGCGGAGGCGCAGCAUUCGGCGAUGGAGGAUCUCGCCCGAGUGCUGCCGCGCCUCGGUUUCUUCUUCGAUCAAAAGACCUCCGUCUGUGCUGUUGGCAAGGCAGGGUCCUCGUCAUGGCGAGUGCACAUCCACCGAGUCAACGGUAUUCCUCAAGACGUCCUGAUAGAAGACGACCCCCGCGUCAAGGAGUUCUUUGAGCAGCCAGAAGAGGCCCUUUAUGCGACCAUCAUCUCGUCGGCAAAGAUUAUAAGCGUUAGGCAUCCAUCAACCCCGGGGUUUUCCUGUUACCGCACCCAGUUCAAUUUAGGCCGCCCCAUGAAACAUUACGAACCCAAGAAGGAAGCCAAUUUUUUAGCGGUUAAAUCACAAAGGCUUGACUGGCCGACCAGAUUUUACACGUACUGGCUUCCUGCAUUACAUACUAACGGCUUGAUACCAGAGGAUACCCACGUUUUGUCUGAAUCUCUCCGGCCCAUUAACCCGGCUGUGAAGUGGAUAUCGAAGGAACUCAAGCGAGAAGUGUUCGAAACCUUCAAAGACGACUUGGAGAUGUUCGAAUACACGCUGCCAAAGAACUUCUUGUGA